AUGCCGUCGCCAACGCGGUCCGACUCCUUCAAACACAUUCCCCACUCUCUGUUGUACCAAGAAUCUCAAGCUUCGUCGCAGCCUCUGAGUCGUCGCUCGUCGGUGUUCUCCGACUUUCUCACACUAUUUCGAAAAAGUACGACCAGUCGACGAAGAUCAGUCUAUCGACCGCCUCCGCGACGAAAAUCGACCGCCGCGACAUUGGAACAGGGCGUUUCGUUGUUAACUAGGUUAGGUGGGGGCAUGGUGAAUCUAGGGAAGAUGAAAGGGGUAUUAAUGGACUACAAGGUGUAUUUUACAAAGAUUUAGCUUCUAUGUGUUAUUUUUAAAACUAAUAUUUAAGUUUAUAUAUAAAAAGUUUAAAAAAAAGUUAAAAAUUACAUUAACAUAGGUAUUCCAACACUUUCAGCUCCUAUACCUACUUCUAAAACCAAUAUUUUCAGAGACGAACUAGCUCAAAAUGACGACGAAGAGAACGACGAUGAAGCCAACAAAAAGCCGAUGACGCGACAACUGCUUCUGUCCAAGAUACGAGAGAAGAAGGAAGUUAUCAACAACCUCAGAUGCAAACCUUGGAGUAUGAAUAGGAAACGUCGCACACUGAGGCUGGCUCAAAAGUAUCUGGAACAACAUGAGAGUAAGGUUUCGCCGACACAUCUCUACAAGGAGGAGCUUAGUAAGAAAUGGCACUAUGUGGUGAGGUGGUUCAGCAACAUCAACACCUACCUCGUGCCUUGGGAGAGCAAAAUCAAACGGAUUGAAAGUGAGGUUUAGAAAGUUUGUGACAUUCUUAAUGAUAUUACAAUAUUGAAAAACAAAAAUUACACUUCAAGAUUUCUAUAAUAUUUUUUAUGACAUUUAUAAAUAAUAUAAUAGAGAUGUGUAGGUAUAGGCGAAGAGUAAGUUGUACUAAUUUUAUUUCAGGUCACUUUGGGUCUGUCGUAUCGUCAUAUUUUACAUUUCUACGAUGGGUAAUCUUCAUGAACUUAAUUAUUACACUGCUCAUUUGUGCUUUUAUUGUUUUACCUGAGGUAAGUUAUAGUAUUUUGAAUUUUAUAACUUUAAGACAACUUUUCCCUGUUCCUCCCUUUUAAAAUUUAAAUUUUUUUGAAUUAGUGAUUCUUCUUUCACCUUUAUUUUCUAGAGCUGAGAGUAGCGUUUGGUUACAAGACUAUAAUACUAAUACAAAAUAAGCUCUAGUACUUACUGUAAAGUAAUAUGUUUCAGACGAUAGCUGACGCUACGGCCAAUUCAGCACGUCAAGAUCGUACCAUGACACGCAAGGUUUUACCAUACAACGAACGAAAAGACGCUGAUACGAUACAGGUCAUAUGGCAUUACGAUGUGAGUUUCUUACUGUAAACAACUUACUUUCACUAAAGGUGUAAAAAAAUAAAAAAAUUUUAAAUAUAAUUUUAAAAAUUAAUUUCAUUUUGUAAAAAACGCAGAAAAGCGUGUGACAUUACUGCUUCUUCAGGGAUACAUACGAUACUCGCCGUUGUUUUAUGGCUACUACAGCGACGAUGAGUAUGACGCAGCUAGUGGGAUACGGUACUCGUUGCCUUUGGCCUACUUUGCUACAAUAUUAUUGGUGUUUGGAUAUAGUUUCUUUGCUAUUUUGAGGAAGUAAGUCUAUAUAUAUUACUAUACUUUUAAUACAAUAUAAUAUACUUUUUUGUGUUUUGCUUGUACUUUACAAUAUAUUUUUACUUAUACAAUAUUAAUAUAUUAUUCUAUAUUACCCUUCAAACAAGACCAUGUUCUCCUUCAGAAUGGCCUCAAACGCCUCCAUGUCAAAGCUAACCGGCAGUAAAGCAGAGCAAUACGUGUUCAACUGGAAACUCUUCACCGGUUGGGACUACACAAUCGGCAAUUCAGAAACCGCUACCAACACCGUGAUGGCUGUGGUGAUCAAGCUACGGGAGUCCAUCGCCGAGAGUCGGGUUCAAAACAAGGAAAAGUUCCAAUGUCUUCGGUUUUCACUACGAGUUAUGGCCAAUAUGAUCAUCUUGGCCAUGUUGGCCUUCUCUAUCUACUGGAUCUCUUUCGCCGUCCAAUCAUCUCACACCGUCGAAACAUCAUCAAACCUUAUUUUCAACAAAAAUCAAGUGAGUUUGGCUUAAGAGUAUGUUGUUGUAGGUAGUGAAGGCACAAAAAAGUCAAAUUUUAAUCAUGAUGACUAACCUAUAUUUAACUAUAAGAUAUGUUAGUGUACAUAAAAACUUUUAUACUGACUUAAUUACCUUAAGGUACCCACCGUCGUAUCACUGAUUACACAUUUCUUUCCCAUGAUAUUCGACCUGAUCGGUCGAAUGGAAGCGUAUCAUCCUCGCACAGCACUACGAGCUCAUUUGGCCAGAGUUCUCGUGUUAUAUGUGUUGAAUUACAUUACAUUCAUUGUGGCCUUGUUUGAGAAGUUGGACAAGAUACGAGACAGUAAGAACAACUAUGUAGAAGGAGCAGAAGGUGACAGGAAUCGACGACAACUACAUGUCAACUUCAAUGGAAAGGUGGGUAAACUGUUGGAAUAUGCUUGGUUUUUAGGUAUAAAAGGCCUUUUAGUACUAGGUUGACUAUGUAUUUGGAAAUAUAUAUUAUAUUAAAUAGUGUUAUAUCAGUCUUUCCACUAAAGAAUGUUACAGCUGCACGGUGCAGUCUCCGAGAAAAUCGCGCCUUUUUUAUUCCGCUGCACAGAGCAAGUUUCCCGCGCGAUUACCCGAUACAGCCAACGAUGUGAGGAAAGAUUGCACAGUGCAAUCCCUUCAGUGUCGCACCGGUCGGUUGUCGCAGGAUUCAAUGACUUGCAACAGCCAAAAAAACGUGUCGCCAUCCUCCCAUUGAACACAGUUGUGGCUUGAGCGUUGCGACAACCGCGACACACUGUCGCAUCGCCAUUCGAAGCGCGACACGACAGUUUGCCGCAAAGCUUUGCACUUGCGACAUUGCGAUUUCCAUUGGGAUGUCGCCGGGUGCAAGCGACUGUCGCAGACCUUGUCGCUUGUCGCCCAAUUCUCGGCGCGACAGCGAUUCCUUCAAACUGCACUGUGCAGUUUUGUAACAUUCUUUUCGGGAAAGACUGAUACUAAUUUUAAAGAUAUUAUACUUGAUCCGAUGCCUAAUAUAAGAUCGAACGAUGAUCCGAAUGCGUAUUUUACCCUUUCAGUCCUUCCAAAGUCGCAACUUCUCGGAUUUCGAACAGUUAAAGAGCUUUUUCGGUAAAGGUACCUUUACAUAUACGGGCAAACGUCGUCGUACCACCACUACUCCAAGGCCUACCGCGGUUACUGUAGAUGGUAUGAAUGUGGAAGUGGCUAAUCAAUAUGGUCCAGUUGGAGUGAAUAGGGCUACUGCCUUGCUGAGGAACAAAAGUUUAGUCACCCCCAUUCCUAGGUUCGAGACUAGACCAUUAGGACCAACAAGGAUCAAUGAAGUUAAGAGUCGAAUACUACCGCCUCGGUUACGGUAGGUGAAACAUAGAUUAUAAAAGUAGUUUUACGAAUAAAAGGUCUUUGAUAACAGGGUAAUUUCUACUCGGUAUCAACUUUUCUUCUUAAAAUACAAUUUUUACAAAAUGUUGUUGUAGCUUACCAUCGCACCGUAAUCGCGAACAAGAGUACGGUCCUCAUUGGGAGAAGAAGUUCGAAGAAAGUAGUGAAGAACAAGUCAGUACAGUACCAGUUUUCAGUCUAGAACAGCCUGAUCGUGAGUUUUUUAUUUUCUAAAAAACUUGGAAACUGCAGCCUGCAAAAGUGUAGGACGCAAGCUGCUCGUUAAACUUAGCUUUUCAGAAACAUUAUUGUAGGUAAAAUAUAUUUAGAAAGAAGUUUACAAAGUUUAAAUGCUUUAAUAGAUAUUGUUCAAAACUGUUGACGACUUUUGUAAAAUACGUUGGCAAAAUACGUCAUUUCCAAUCUUAUAGCUGGAUCUCAAGAAAAAAUAAUUGCACAGUCAGAUGGUCCAAGGGAAGUUUACAACAACCAGAUCUGUUGGGAGACUAUGAUUGGGCAGGUAAGAAAAGUUUAAGUUCUUUUUUGUCUUUUUAAAGGAUCGUACAGGUCGCAUUAAGUAAAACCUACUUUUUGAUUUUUUUUUUAACUUUUGCACGGUGCAAUCAAAGGAUAAUUUGGUCUGCACGGUGCAGUGAUUCAGGAAACUUAAAUAAAUCAAAAUAGACAUUAUCAUUUUCCGAACCACCUCAUAGCAUUUCAAAUUCUAGCAAAUAGUUCGUCUAGUGAUGAUGGACAUGUAUAUCACCAUCGCUUCCAUUCUGAUCAUCGACUUUCUUCGCGGCAUUUGGAUCCGCUACACAGCAUCGUGGUGGUGCUGGGACGUGGAGAACGUGUUCCCAGAGUACGGAGAGUUCAAAGUGGCAGAGAAUGUGCUCCAUCUCAUUAACAACCAAGGAAUGGUAUGGUUGGGACUCUUCUUCGCUCCACUUUUGCCAGCCAUCAACAAUGUCAAGCUGAUCAUCUUCAUGUACAUCAGGGCGUGGGCUGUCAUUACCUGCAAUGUGCCGGCUAGGGAGAUCUUCAGGGCUUCAAGGUAUGAAUUGUGGCGUUUGUGAUAGUAUUUUUAUUCGAAAUUUACAUAAUUUUUAAUUUUAAAGCUUUUUGUAUCUACUACAAUAUAACUAUCAAUUAUUCGUUAUUUGAACAAGUCUGAGACGUGUCUAUCUCAAUAAACACGGCCAUUAAAUCGCCCGUGGAAUGUCAUAAACGUUUUUUUUUAAUUUCCGGUCAUUUUGGCCCUCCGGCCGCUUUUCGUUAAAAUUUCGAAAAAAUGAGCGAUCAUACUCUCCGGCCAGGUUUCGUGGCCAUUUCCACGUUUCAAACCUGACAGCCGGCUGACAAUGCUCCUGACCGUCAGAGUGACCUUUUAUAUUUUAAGGUCCAGCAAUUUCUACCUCAUUAUCUUACUCUUGUGGCUGUUGUUGUGCACAUUACCGGUCGGAUAUGUGAUUGCGAGUAAACAGCCGAGUAGUGGGUGUGGACCGUUUGCGUAAGUUGCUGUUGUGUUUUAGGUAUAGUAACCGUGAUUGAGGUAAUAAAGACAGUGAUAAGUUUGCAUUUGAUGUGUCUAUCAGUACAAUACGCAAAAAAGAGUUUUUUUUAAAGAUAGCAUAUAUACACCAUAAUAUAUACUAAUAACACAUUAUAUUACGAUAAAAGUACAAAAAAUAAACUUUCAGAGGUCGUACUCGCUUUUACGACGUCAUAACACAACUGCUUGAAGACAAAGUAGAUAAGAAGGUACUGAAAUGGCUGAGAUACAUCGCUUCUCCAGGAGUUGUCAUUCCAAUUCUUCUUCUUUUAAUGUGAGUGUUUUAGAAAAUAACAAAGAUUGUCGCAUUUCAUACCUAAAAUCUUCAUAUCCUAGUAAAAAGUUGGGCUUACAAUCGUUAGCAUUGCUAAAGUUUUCAUAUAUCACAAAAUGCAGAAGCAUAUCAAUAUCACCGUGAAGUUACAUGGCCUCAGGGUUCCUUUCCGGCAUUUACAGUGAAACAAACCCCUUUAGUAUGGCCCUUGGUAGUAUAAUACCCUCUUUAUAAUGACAGCUUUCUCACCGCUAUUUAUAAUACUAGGUUGUUCAAAUAACUCUGAGCCUCUAAACUAGAAAAUUUGCUUUGAGAAGGGGCACAGAAUUAUUUGAACAACCUAGUAAAAUUCUUAUUAAAAAUUACUUUGAUAGUGUGUAGUGUGACACCUCGGUUAUAAUGGCACUGUGGUCCAGUCCAUUGAGUGUCAUACUAAAAAGGUUAGACUGUAUAACAAUUUUAAAAAUAGCUAUAACAUUAGAUGAUGUCACUGUAUGUCUCUAUAAGAAGAGUAGACUAUUAUUUUUCUGGAUAAUUAAUGUUAAUAUUUCAGAUUGAUGAUUUACUUUUUGGUUUCAUUGGUACGAGGUCUUCGUGAAGCCAACACAGAUCUUCAACAACAGUUGGUACACGUAUGUUUUAGAUAAGUUAUGUUUAACCUUUGAACUAAAAAAAUUAAGUUUUUAACUUUGCAAUGUCGCAAAUAUGGUUUUACAAAUUUCAAAAACUAAAAUUUUAAAAAAAAAAGUAUUCAAAUAAAAAAAAACUUUUUAAAAGUUUUGAACUUUUUAAAAUUCGAAUAAUUUAAGGAAAGAACCGAAGAAAAGAAAAAGAUCUUCGAACUUGCCGGAGGGCAAAAGAAGCGUACUGCCUUUCCCUUCAAACCGCAACAACGAAAGACAGCGACUCAACACAUUCCAGAGGUCGAGGCGAAACGUCGUGAGCCUUGGAGAGCUCACAACGGUCGCGACAAUGUAGCCUCGUUGUGCCCAACUGAUGAACCGCCCUCCUCACCCAACUCUCCCACUAGCCAGCCUCCCAGUCCACCCAGCUUUAGGAAGAGAUCAGCCCGAGCAGAUGAGUAUCUGGAUGAGAGAGCUUUCCAGAUGCCGAAAACAAUGUCGCUGACGUCGCUGAACGAGGAAAGCGACGAAACCAAGAGUGCACCCAUGACAAAGAGCUUUUCCGCUGCCAGAGGGCAUGAAAUCGACUGGUCGGAGGGCGGAAAGGAAAAGGAGAAGAAAGAAGUUAGGACUCCAGAGGAAAUCAGGUAGGAUAACAUGAUAUGAGUCAUGUUUCUCGUAGAAGAUGACAUGAUACUCUCUAUGUUUAUUUGUUUAUUAUUAUAUCAGUCGUGUUUAUAAUAUAACUUUAUUAUAUUAUAGUUAUUCGACAAGAUAGCUUUAUAUAUGUCUAUCAUACUUGUUUUCAUGUUUUUACUAGGCCAAAACUACUAUAAUAUCAAGCUGAACGUCUUUCAAAACUGUUAACACAACUAUGCUUGGUAACAACCUUACAAUCACUUAACAGUGUGACCAAACUAACUCAAUUUAGACGACUAAUGGCCCCACUAAUGGCCUCAGUAACUGGUAGUGCACUAUCUUUGGCCCAAUUCCCAAGCGAAGAGCAAGUUACAGUAAUCUUCGGCAACAAGACCAGUCUGGGUGGUACCAAAUUGCGCGACAGCUUCGUAUCUCUAUAUGACAAUGAGAAAGGGCCUGAGGGCAAAGUAGACCGUACCAGUAGGACCAGUUUGUCCAAAGCGCUGCGAUCGGUCGAUAAUGUCUGUUUGCCAUUUUCAAUGCCUCAAACAUCCAUGUACGUGCUCACUAACCGGUUAUUCGUGUUGUCAACAUGUUGUAGUAAUUUAAAGUCGUCGUAUCUUGUGAAUAUUGUUGUGUAUGAAGGGUCGUGUCUAGUGGUAUUGUAGUUUAUUGUGUUGUUCUUUACCUACAUGCCAGUUUUCAAAGGUUGGUUAGUAUUAAGAUUAGAAAUACAGUACCUUUCGUUGAUGAUACGGUUACAGAAUUACAGUAUUUUAGCCUACUGUAUCUUUAAUUAAAAAACCGUAUCAUCAACUAGAGAACGGAACAUACAGUGGCGCUCAAAAAAAAUGGCCACCCCUUCGUUUGGUCGAUAAGUAAAAAAUUCGGUAAUAAUAUUUUGUAUAUUGUAUUCCAUUAUAGUUAUACAAUAAUUUUAACUUAUUUUAUGCAAAAAAAUUCGCAUUAGUUGCAAGUUGCUACUUUUGGCAACGCAAAGUUUCCAUCCACGGUGUCCAAAAAAAAUGGCCAUGUGUACGAUAAAAAACGUUUCUCAACUUUUACUUAUAGAUUCUGAAUGUUUUCCAUAUAUUUAUAUUACUUUAGUAUUUAUAAAGGUAUAAUAAUGAAGCACGGGUCUAUUCAGUUGAUGAAAAAGGCAUAGGAUGAUGAUAUCCAUGUUAUACCUUAUAGUAAUCAACCUCUAGGACACAUUUUUUCAAAUUAUUAAGGGGUUGAAUGCACAAAAACUAUUGAGAAGGUAAAAAGAGGUAGAAGAUCACAAAAAAAAACAACCAUUAGAGGCAAUACGCAGGUAUAAUAUGGUUAAAGAACGAUCCGUCGACUACUGCAAUAUUGAUCAAAGAAGUUGAGACUGAAUCGGGCUAAAGGGUUAACAAACAACGAAUCGAAGGUAGAUAUGUUAAAAGGAGACUUUUGAGUUGUGUAUAAACCAAAAAGUCGGUGAGUAUAGUUAAAAACAAAAAAGUCUAGUUUGAAUUCCCACGAGUUCUACUGUUUUAGAUAAUGGACAAUCAGGAAAAGUGAUUGUAUCAAAUGAAAUCAAAGUUGAUGUGGAGGUAUCUAAUAGUAAAAGAUACUUUGGAAGACGCAUUAUCAAAGAAAACAACCCGAAAGUUCUUUGCUCAACUGUGAAGCGCUGUGGAAGCAUUAUGGUUUGAGGUGCUUUGCCUAUAACAAUAUCGGUGUGUUGCAUCAAACUGAAAAAAUUAGAGAUGGCUCCAAAUACCGUGAAACUUUACAAAACGUGGCUGUAGCUUAUUGUCGAUUGUCCAAAUGCAAGAACCUCAUAUUUCAAAACAACUACAAUUUCCAGCACACUUCCGAAGUUGUCAGACGGGUCAUAUUGAAGGAGAAGAUCAUUGAACUUGAGUGGCCAAGUCAAUUUGCAAACUGAAUCCGGCCAUAAAUGUAUUGUAAAUAACUGUAAACAAAGUUAGAAAACGAUUCCAUUAUAUGAAUAUAAAAUUAUGUCAAGUCCGACAGAUAAAUGAUCAAAUUUACCCAUUAUUGUAGUAAAUUAAUCGAUCACCUAGGUACCUACAAUAAGCGUUGGUAUCGUUGCUUAAAAUGAUGUGAAACUAGUUCUAGAUGCUAUUUAGCAUUUGGAAACUGUUUUCGUCUUUUUAAAUUACAUGGUUGAUACGAAAAUAGGAUGUCGUUAUACCCUGGCCAUUUUUUUGGACACCAUGGAUUGAAACUUCGCGUUGCCAAAACUAGCAACUUGCAAGUAAUGCAAUUUUUUUGCAUAAAGUAAGUUAAAAUUAUUGCAUAUCUAUAAUGGAAUACAAUAUAUGCAAUAUUAUUACCGAAAUUUUUACUUAUCGACCAAACGUGGGGGGUGGCCGUUUUUUUUGAGCGCCGCUGUAUAGUAACAUAAAUAUAUUACCAUGCCAUAUGUCUUGUUACAGAGGACCGUUGAAAAACGGCGAGUCGGUCCAGGAGCACUCCCAGUCGAUUUCUCUGUACAGUCGGGAGCCGCGCCGUCUCGGACAGUCUCCGCUCGUCUCCAGCGCUUCAGCCCCGCCAAGACGGUUUUCGUACGAUCGCAGAGAUUCUUUGCAGGCGCUCCCGCCACAACGGUAAGUUGGCAUAGACAGUCUUUGAUUUCUCUAAACUAUAUUUUAUGCCAAUGAUAUGUUUAGGAAUGUAAAAAUAGAAGAUAUUUUCGUAUUUUACAUAAAAUUUUCUUGGAUAAAAAACUCAAAUUAUAUUAUCUUUUCUCAGAGUGGAGAUCAAGCCUCGCCAAGACGAAUUCGUUCCUUGGCCGUCGAUCGAGGAAGUGCGGGCCCAGCGGGCUCAUCUCUUGCCCAAAAACCGCGAUCGUCCACGUCCCGACAGUCUAAGGGAACGGUCAAAUUCCAUCCAGCGUGCCGAGAUUGAUGAACCCGGACCUUCUGAAGCACAGCCACGAAGAUUCCGAAUUUCAGUGUCGCCCACCAGGAAGAUACAGGUAAUUUUGAUGUUCUCUUAAUGGAUUUGGGAAUCAUUUAAUAUUUAUCAAUGGUAAAUGUGCAUACCGUAGUUUUACUUUAUGAGAAAAUGUUUUUUUUUUGUUUGGCAUCUAUUAUAAGCUCGUAAAACUACUUUUAACCAGAAUUUUAUUAUUGUUUACUAAAUCUGUAGGAAUCGGAGAUCGAAUCCCUCCCGCCUGCCCCUUCCCGGCCCAAAUUCAUAAUAAAACAACGCCUGAUCCCCGGGUCGACCUUAAGUAUGGCCUCUACCUUCUCCAAGACUUCUUCUCAACCUUCCACUCCUUCUAAACCCUCGACGCCAGUAGCCCCGAGAGUGGGCUUUGGCGACGACGAUUCACCUCGAAUCGAGCAAUGA